AACUUCCUUUCUUUGUGCCCUCCACCAACAACAAAUUCAAGAAAAUGGCAGAGGAAGCACCGGUAAUCAAACAAGAUAAUAUUUUUGAGCCUGAAGUUAUUCUCAAGAAACGUAAAGUUAAUGAGAAGACUCGUCUAGAACGAGUAGAGGCUGCUCUUGCUAAGAAAGAGGCUCAAAAGAAUAAGAAAAAGAUUAUUUUCAAGCGUGCCGAAUCUUUUAUUAAAGACUUUCGUGAUGGUGAAAAGGAACGCCUGCGUUUAAAGCGUGUUGCUAAGAAAGAUGGCAAUGCUUUUGUCGACGAGGAGCCUAAACUUCUCUUUUGUAUUCGUGUUGCAGGAAUUCGCAAUAUUCCUGUUAAAGCUCGUAAGGUCUUGCGCCUUUUACGUUUAGCUCGGAUUAACAGCGGAGUUUUUGUACGUAACAAUAAAUCCAUUGCGAAUAUGUUGAAACUCGUUGAACCGUACGUUACGUAUGGUGUUCCUAGCCUAAAGUCAGUUCGUGAACUGAUCUACAAGCGUGGUUUUGGUAAAAUUAAAGGUCAACGGGUAGCCCUUUCUGAUAAUGCUCUUAUUGAAGAAGCUCUCGGAAAGCACGAUGUUAUUUCCAUUGAAGAUAUCAUUCAUGAAGUAUUUAACGUUGGACCUCACUUCAAAGAGGUUACUAACUUUUUAUGGCCUUUCAAAUUGACCUCUAUCAAGCAUUCUUUAAUUGAAAGGAAAGCCAAACACUAUAAUGAAGGUGGGAAGACUGGUUUCUGUGGAGAAGACAUAAAUAACUUCAUCAAGGAACAAGCUUAAUUUUACUUUCUUUUAGCUGUCUUGUAAUGCCUUUAAAUGUCGUCGAGAGACGUGCUAUGUAUAUUAGAACUAGUUUUUUACGGAUCGGAAUUAAUUAAUUGGAAUUUUAUCAAGGGAUCUGAAACUAAAUAUGCAUUUUUGAAUCAUAUAUUUUCAAUAAGCAC